AUGCUGGGGAGCUCGCCCACCUCAGCACUUCUUCUCGCUGUCGCAGUUGGUUUCUUGGUUCUGUCGGAGCCAACACACGCGUGGUGGUGCAAGGGGCACAUGGUGGUGAAUGAGAUUGCCAAGCGACACUUGGACAGAAACGUGGCUGAAUUGGUGGAUGAAGCGGCAGCCAACCUCAGCUUCAGUGGGCCGUUUCCAGAGUCUUUUGAUUUUGUUCAGAGCGCAUGCUGGGCCGAUGAUAUAAAGUUGAGUGGGCUUAAAGUCAUGGAAGAUUGGCAUUUCAUUGACACUCCUUACAACCCGCUAAAUGUGCCCAUCAAAAAGGAUCCUUUGGGGAAGGACAAUGCAAAAACCGUUAUCGAGUCCCUGACGAGGACGCUGGAGAAGAAAAGGAAGCAGGAACCCGUCCCCUACGUUCUCAGUUUUGCCCUCGUGAAUCUCGCCCACCUUUACGGAGACAUUCACCAACCUCUGCACUCCAUCACCCAGUUUUCUCCCGCGUACCCAGACGGUGAUAGGGGCGGUAAUCUUGAAGUGGUGCACGUCCGUGGUGCCAGGAUGAAGUUGCAUGCGGUGUGGGACUCCAUUUGCCAAGGCGAGCAGCCAGACCCGCCACGACCGUUGAGCAAGGAGGAAUACGCGAAGUUGAGGGCGUUCGCCGACUACCUGGAGGACACGUACAAGCCCACAACAGCAGAGAAGAGUGAAACAAAUGUGAGUGUGAUGGCAGAGGAGAGCUACAUGAUUGGGGUGGAGGUGGCUUACCCUGGUGUUGUGAACGGCAUGGAGCUCACAGAGGAAUACCUUGAGCGAUGUAAGGCGGCUGCAGAACCCCGUCUGGUACUUGCCGGGCGCCGUCUGGCCACAAUACUCAACCAUGUGUUCAGCGAUGUUGACACAGACCAAAGCUUGAAAUCAAGGCCUCAUUGCCGUGCUUCAUGUUCUUUUUUGCAGGCAAUUGUUCAUGGAGCGGUGCCGGGAAGAAAUGAGUAA